AUGGAUCUGGCGUACGAUCACAUCACCGAGGAGUCUCUCCCGAAGGACGCCGAGGGAUCAGAGAACCGGAGCUCUCAGCAGCAGUCAACCCUCAAUGCUGACUUCCAGGAAGCUUACAAGGCCAUCUCCUCGAGCCCGUGGGGCGCGAGAAUUGGUGGCUUCUUUGGCAAUGUAGUCAAGCAGGGUGAAUCUGUCUACAAAGAAGUCUCACAAGAGGUUACUGCCGUUGGUGAGGAGGCAACCAGGGGACUCUCUGACCUCCGGUCCUCGAUUAUCAGCCGAACCCGAGCUCUAUCCUUAGCCACCGGGCCCCAGGCCGACCAGGCCGGUGAGCCAUCAGGAGACAAGGACCCUGCAGCAACCCCGACAGCUUCGAAGGCUGGCCCAUCCGACCAGUCGAUCCAAGAUUCUGAAACCGUGCUGUCUCGAUUCAAGUCCGAGGCUGCAAAGAGGCUCAAGGAUAUCCAGAAAGCUGAGGAGGCUGCAGACGAGGCAUUGCUGCGAUUUGGUACCAACAUCCGAGACUUCAUUCGGGAUGCCGUCGUUAUAGCACCCUCCACCGGCACCGGCGAUAACCAGGGAAGCACCGUUAUGUUCGAGAGCAAGGACGCCUCGGGCAAGAAGGUGUUCCACACGUCUCGAUUCGAUGCUCAGCUACAUGUUAUUCACACCAAUACGGAGGGCUUCACCAAGGAUCCCGCGACCGAGGAAUAUGCAUCAUGGACUAAGGAGUUUGACAUUGACAAGAAGACGGAGGACAUCAGCAAGGAUCUGGCUAAAUACCCUGAAUUGAGGACCACGAUGGAGAAGCUUGUGCCUGACCAAAUUCCCUAUGCCGACUUCUGGAAGAGAUACUACUUUUUGAGACAUGGCAUUGACAUCGCGGAGGAGAGGCGACGAGAUUUGCUGAAGGCUGCAUCUGCAGAGGAAGAAGUUGGAUGGGAUGAGGAUUCUGAUGACGAGGCCGGACCUAGCAAGUCCACCAAAGCUGAUCGACCAGCAUCCACCGAGUCCUCCACGACUCUCCACCCACAAAAGAUUCAGACGCCCGCCCAAACCCUUCUCAAGCCCUCGGAGCCACGAAAGUCCAACGACGAGAAGUCUCAGGCCGAUAGCGACACGAGCUAUGAUCUGGUUGGCGCGACGUCUGGGGUUCCCAGCCAAGCCCCCAACAGCCCCAAGGACUCCCGAAAGGCGGACGACAGUGAUGAGGAGGACUGGGAGUAA